CCCCACGUGCACACUGGAAACCAGUUCAGAAAAAUCCCACUCAAUGAAGAUUGUGCUUUCAUUGCAAGAACAUUGCGUAUAGAUUUAAUUGAACUGCAUUCCCAUCAUAUUAAUCAAGUUUUAUAAAACUCGAGCCAUAAGGAUCACACAAACAGUAAAUAUUCGGACAGAAAACAGUUUGAAAAAUAUUCCAAAAAUACAAUUGCGCAUAUAUGUAGCUAAAAAAUUUUUUUUUUCAGAUCUGAAUUUUGACCAACAUUUUGCCUUCACUUUAAUUCAUGUUCCCCUAUACAUUUUUUUGUCUUAAAUGUUUAAAAGUCUCAAAUAAUUUGACUCACUUUGAGGGUUGAAGAACUGGAUACCUUGUUUGAAGUCAUUGACUUUUACUAGGUCACUCAAAAAUCUCUAUUGGUUUACAGAAAAACUUUGUUUUAAAUUUACUGGUGUGGAUCGUAGUAUUGUUUUAAAUUUACUGGUGUGGAUCGUAGUACAGUUUUACUUGAAAAAAAUUCAUAAAAUACAUAAAAUCAUAAAAUCUUGCCUUAUUUUUCCAGGUCAUUUGCAUACCCAGAACAGCUCAUUAAAAUCUCCAACACUGUUACUUUAAUAACAAGAGAGACUAUUGAGAGACUGACUAUUCCAUUUUUUUUUAUUUGUUUAUCUUAAAUGAACUGUGAGUUAGGUCACAGGAGUCUUAAUUCAAUAGAUGAUGUCUGUCGCCUGACUCAUUAGGCAGCACAUGACAGCUCCCUUAUCCUUUUAGUGUUCUAUGCCCAUCUGUCUCUGUUUGAACUGCAACUGAUAAUGUUAGUCAUCUGGUGUGAACUGCCUUCUUUUUUUUUUGUCAAUAAACAGAGAAAAGCUGACAAGUACUUUGAUAGGUAAUGUCAACGAAGGCUUUUGCGAUGGUGGUAAAAUUUUCAACAGUUAGUUCAAAAAGCAGGAACAAAAAUACAGAAACGCUUAACUUUAAUUUUUUGUAACAUUGACUCACAUUGACUCAACGUAUUUUAAUAUGUCAUACUCAGAAAUAAUGGACAAUACCCCUUGAAAGAUUAUUAUUGCAUGACUGUUAACGUAAAGACAGCCACCAUCCACAGUGCAGGGGCUUACACUCAGAAAAGGUUUGAAAAUGGCUAAUGCUUAAAGAUCUGUAAAAAGAAACAAACAAAAAAAAAAACUAACAAAAAAGAGUCCGCUGUAAAAACUGUAAAUAAUCAAGUUGGAACAGUGAGAAGGCAAAUACUUUUAAUCAAAGAUUGUUGAAUAACAUAUAUUACAGCAUUUGUUGCUAAGAUAGUCAGGGUUUAUGUGAUUAUCUGAAGUGAGUACAGCCAAGACAUCCACUAUUUAAUGAUCCAAGUUUACUACUGGGAUUAGUAUUAGUAUUAUCUAUCAAUAUUAAUAAAGUUUGGGUCAAGCUUUCAAACCAAAACUGGUCAUUUGAAACUUAGCUUAACUGAUUUGGAUUUGAUAUCAAUGGAAAUGUCCAGUAAACUGAAUUGAGAUGACCUGUUGGGCUACAGUGCUCCCUGUAAACAAACUGAAAAUGUUAACCAUGUAGUUCAAAGCAUGUUAUGCAAGAAAUGAUCAAAAAUGUUUACUUAAAUAUUUAUUGCAAAAAUAAUAGCACGUUAAUUAUGUGGAUGUUUUAAUGGCUUUAGUGUUUAAUUAUAAAACGUAUGGCGUUUUUAGCCGUCACACUUCUGCGGACUGUGAUUGGUUCUUCGGUUGCCUAGAUACAGUUCAACACAAGCCGUGUCGAAGGGUCACCCGAAUAUUAAGUUUCACCGUGAACAGCUUUUGAUUGGUUGUUUAGGUUGGGACGAUCUUUGCGAUUGGUUGUUAGUAAGGACAUAGCUGAAUUUAUACCCAUUCGGCGAUGGUCUUUAGUGUCGGUUAUUUGUAACGCGAAAGUAAUCCUUAACAUUUCAGUUUGGGAUUUAUGAUUUAACGAAGUUUAAACCGACUACAGCAACUAGAUAUGGCGUCAAUGGCUCCGUGCGAUGGGAGUCGGAGACCAUUCAGUAAAAGCGGAAAGAAAGACAAAGUAUUCCAGCCUCCAGAUCUCAGACAAAUCACCAUCCUAAGGAAAACUGGCUGGCACAGGAUUCAAGAUGAAAUGAAUGGGGUCGAUAAAGAAAAGGAGCGUCUUAGAGAGGCAGCCAAACACAGGGAAGCCCUGCACCUGCAGUCAAAGGAAGUUGUUAAGCUGUGGCCUGAUACCAUUGCUGGUAAAAGGCAGAAAAGGCUGGAGGCUAAGAAGAUCCGAGAGGAGAUGGAGGAGGAAAAGAGGAAAGAAAUGGCUGCAGAGGAAGCCAGAUACAGGGAAGAAGAGCAAAAAGAGGCCUUGACCAAAGCCAGAACUCAGCUGUAUUAUCAAAACGACCGGGUGAAAGGAUUAAACCGCGCACUCCUGCACACAGAGGUGCUGAAGGAGAGGGAGGCUCAGACAGAGCUCAAGCAAAGGAUGAAAAGUGCCGCUAAAGACAUGGAUAAAAAGUUCCUGGAAAUAAUGACAACCAGAAACGGAGAAGCCCUGAGGAAAGAGCAGGAAAAGGCUGUGCAAAAGAAGCUUGAGAGACAGACAGUAGCAGAAGACCUGAAGAACCAGAUAAAGGCCAAUGAGUUUGCACGGGAGCAACAGAAGCUGGAAAUCAAGAAGGACGCUGAGGAAAUCCAGCAACUUCAAGAGCGUCAUCAGAGGGAGCAAAGAAUGGAGUCGGAGCAGCAAGCAGACCAGAAGAGGAACCUCAUGAACGCUCACAUGGUCGAUCAUAAAAGACAAGACUAUUCAUUCUUUGCGUCCAGAUUUUACAGUCUGUUUAUGUGUACGUUUUGUGUCCCUCAGGAUCAUCUCAAUAACAGGGCACUAAGAAAAGAGCAAGAGGCGCAAAAGCAGAAGGCUGAACAGGAGCAGAUGAAGCUCUUCAUUUCAACCAAGGAACAAAUGACAAAGCUACGGAAACAAAGAGAGAAAGAGCUAUUUAGUGAAGUUCAGCAGCGCAGAGAGAGGAUUUUGAACAAGCUGACAGCCACGCAGCAGGAGCAGGCUACAAACGAGGAGCAGAGGAUCGCUAAAGCUCUGGCUGAGUGGGAUGCAAGACAGGCGCAGCUGCAGCUGGAGGAGGAGCGGAAGAAGUCCGAGACGUUGAAGUCGAUAGCUGCACACAGGGAGCUUUUGAAAAAGGAAAAGGAGCACUUGGAUAAAAUUGCAGAGCAGGAAACCCGAGAUGCUCUGCAGGCAAAGAGAGAAGCCGACGAAAUAUACGCCAAGAAGCAACAACUGAAGGCCGAGAAAAUGAGAGAAGAACAAAGAAAAUUGCACGACUUCAAUGUCGCACAGACGGCAGAAAGAAGCGCCAGACUUCAGCAGAUGAGAGUGGAGGAACGAGAGUUCGAAGCGACGAACGCAAAGCUCAGCGCUGAGGAGGAACUCAGGUUUCAGCAGUAUUCACAGCACAUCAUCAAGUCAGCAGCAGAGGCCAAGAGAAAUGUGAUUCCACUUUACAAAGCCACGAGAGAAGGAGCGGGAGGUGGGCACGGCCCCGUUUUCAGCGGCGUCAGGCCGAGCUACCUCGUCCAGGACAGCACUGGGGCUCAGAUGCCCAGAUACGUGUCCAUCACCACAGAAAGCAUCAGAAAGCUUAACGAGGCUGGAGACAUUCACGAGGCGAAGAAGAGACUGGGCUUCACCUGGUGACACUUUUUUUUUUUUUUUAAGAGUUUGUCACCUUAAAACUAGAGCUGCAACUAUUAUUUUAGUGAUCAAUUAUGUUGUUAUUCUAGAAUCAGAUAAAGUGUGUUGAUUUGCAAUUAUCCAUCACAGGUCAAACGUCGGUACAGCAGGGCUCACUUCUUUUAGGGUGCACAUUUGCUUCAUUAUAUAAUUGAAUACUGCUUGGUCUCAAACUGAGCCGUUUUCAAACGGAAAUCUGGAAAGAUUUUAGGCAAAAAGUCUAAAUCUGGGAUGUUUAGUCUUGAAUUUAUUAGUUUUCCAUUUCCUAAUAUGGAAAAUAUUUGCAUUAGUAGAUUUUUUCCUUUGCAUCGGUAUUUGAAUGUUGUGUCCAUUUCUCCAACAAACUGUUAACUUGUCCAUUUCCUUGUUCGAUAUUUAAAGUUUCCCUGACCAGUGUUCAGCAGGUCAACAUUGUGCAGAUAAGCAGUUUCAUCAUCAAAGUCAUCACCAAGACACAGUCUCAGUCAGGUGACAUCUUCAAGUUUAGGUUUUUAUUAUUGUCAUUUUGAUUUGAAGUGAUGUUUUGGACUCUUACAGUAUAUAAAAAACAAAGAAACCAAGCUUUAUAAUUUAAUCAGAAGUCCCACAUUUUCUUCCAAGAAAGAAUAUUGUACAUUUUUUAAAAUUCUAAAUAAAGAUGACAGAAUUACAGUAAAGGUUUGGCAGAGUUAAAAAAAAAA